CCACAGGUCUGAACUCGCUACCCAGUACCACCCUAUGCUCUCCUCAAGUGAAGGGCUGAACUGAAAAGAAGAACCUAACACGUUCUAAUAAAGAAACCACAGGGAUGACAAAUCUGUCAGACGCAGACGACUUUAUCGACUCGGAGGACUCAUUUGGUGACGGCGACAAGGGAAGCAGUAGGCAGUCUGCUCAAGAGACCGUCUGCGACAAUCGUCAUAACUUCCAUGGAUCUACAGAGGGACCGUAUCCCUCGUCUCAGCCCAGCCCCAGCCAAGCUCAGUCCGCGUCUGCUGCCUCGCCUGGUACCAUGUUCCCACACCGGACACUGCACGGAGCCACCUACCCUGCCCUCGCCAUCACCAGUUCGGGUCACUACAUGGCACACCAUCCUGUGGUCACGCAAGGCUCAUAUAAUAGCCUCUUGACCACUACGUCACCUCAAGGCUUCCCAGCGCCCGGAUAUUUUUACGCCCAGCCAUACGGGCAUGGCCACCAAGGAGGUGCUUUCCACAAGACCUCAGCAAUGCAAACCGGGAUGGUUUUUGGUAAAGCGCAAGUUUAUCUCUGCAAUAGGGCUCUGUGGCUCACGUUUCACAGGCACCAAACAGAGAUGAUCAUCACUAAACAGGGGCGACGAAUGUUUCCAUUCCUGAGCUUUAAUAUAUCUGGACUUGAUCCGACGGCAAAUUACAAUAUUUUUGUGGACGUCAGUCUCGCGGACCCUAAUCACUGGCGGUUCCAAGGAGGACAGUGGGUACCCUGCGGUAAAGCUGAGUCAAAUGGGACAGGGAACAAGGCCUACAUGCAUCCAGACUCUCCGAACACCGGCGCGCACUGGAUGCGUCAAGAAAUUUCUUUUGGAAAACUGAAGUUGGCAAAUAAUAAAGGGGCAUUGGAAAGUGCAGGGCAGAUGGUUGUCGUUCAGUCCCUCCAUAGGUACCAACCCCGUCUUAAUGUGGUCGAGGUGCACGAGGAUGGGGCCGAGAACGCCAGUCAACCCAGACAGUCAUUUACGUUCCCCGAGACGCAAUUCGUUGCAGUCACAGCAUACCAGAACACAGACAUAACACAGCUGAAAAUAGACCAUAAUCCUUUCGCAAAAGGUUUUCGGGACAAUUAUGACAAAAUCUACACAGGCUACGAUAGUGACCGGUUGACGCCAUCGCCGAGUGACUCGACCUACGCCCAGUUUGUGCCCGGUGCCAGAUAUGCACUUGCUAAUUCUUUCCUUCAGCACCAAUUCGUCAGCACUUAUGCCAAGUCCUGUUUCCGCCCUAGCGCAGGAGCUACGUCUGGACUAGACUAUAACGUCCCCUUAACUAACAACAUGCUGUCACCGCAAACCAGCGAGGAGGACACGAUGGCGGCAUCCCCGAGAUGGUUUGUGACACCGACCAACAACAGACUGGACUAUGCCUCCCGCACAAAUGACGCGACUGGAAACACGGCAACUUUGCUGUCAUAUGCAACAGCUGGAAAGGCACUACAGCUGUCCGCAACGGACAGUUCGGGUAGAGCCCUUACUUAUUACGCAGAACCAACGGAUUUUGCGCCUACCUCACCCCAGUAUUGCGGUGCGCCUAGCCCGGCUCUGUCCUGCUGGACUAAUGGACACGCUAUUGGUACUGCGGACUUUGAUGAGGUCCUCUCACUUUCAAAGGAGAGUUUGCCAACGAGUGUCUCUGAAGACGCAAAACCACAAGAUAUCUCGGAGUCUAGUUGGAUAGAGACAUCAUAAACUGAAUUGAAGAGAUAUCCCAUCCUAGGUUAUUGGCACCAGUCGAAAUAGUCAUCUGGAAAUUGUUCAUUCGUUUUUUCAUUAGACUGCAUUUUUGGAUUAGCCUACAGUGGGCUGUGGAUAUGACUGAAGUAUUAAAAUGUUAACGACAAAAUGGUCUAUUUAAGCUAUAAUAAUGUAUCUAUAUAACAUUAGCUGUAGUCCCACUCUAGAUGUUUUCAUUGAAUCCUGUUUUCUAAUUUGACUGAUUUGAUUGAUUGAUUUUGAUUUGUUGAAUACAUUUCUGGAACGUGUUCAUGUCUUA